AUGCUAUACAAAUAUAGUAUAUUUUAUUAUUACUAUGUAGAGAAUAGAGCUGAUGAUGUACCUUGUGAAGCCGAAGAGAGGCAGAACUUGGCUCCCGUUGGUUCACCAGAAAACAGGAUUUCUUUGAAGCUUAUCAAGAUUCCCAAGGAAGGUGGAGAAGAAGGUUAUGAUAAAAGGGGAGGAGUGAUAAUGAAGGCAACACUUGUAUGCAGCUUCGACAGCAAAGGAUUAGGUUGUACAAAAGCUUUGAAGGGCCCGAGGAGAGCUCUCCUUGAUGAUCAUGGUAACUGGGGCAGUGAUUCCAACAAGAAUGCGGCUUCAAACCUCAAGAAUGGAUCGGAGGCUAGAAGCGAAGCCACGUGCCCUGUUUGUUCCAAGGUUUUCCAAUCGAAGAAGGCCAUGUACGGGCACAUGAGGUGCCAUCCUGAGAGAGAAUGGAGGGGGAUCAAUCCUCCACUCUCGGCCAAGACUGGUUCUUGCUCCACUGAGUCGCAGAAAAAUCAGGAAUUGAGCCCUUCAGCCAAGAAAUCAACUGUGGUUUCAUCUGAUACUAGUCCUUCUCAGCCUCUUCUGCGCUGCAUGAAAACUGGAAGGAGGGGCCAGAAUCGCCCCUUGAGCUCAUCUUCUACUUCUGUUUCGUCCAGUGAUCUCAGUUUAUCGCAUAAACAUGGACUUAAGAACAAGAACCAAGUUUCUGAACGUUCAGGAGAGAAGAAGAGGCAAAAAGUUGAGGUGUUACAACUUGGAAGCUUGAGAAAUUAUCCAUCAAAAGAAGUGAACAUUGAUGGAAGAUGGACUCUGAUGCUGAAAGAGAAGGCUUUGUUAGACACUGAGUUGGUCCCAGAGAAGCAGGCCUUGACAACAACAUAG